AUGGCAGAGGUCAUCGCGGCCGUUCAAGCUGAUCUUGGCAGAGGUCGUCAAGAGGAGCUCCCACUUAGCAAUAUGCAAAGGAGGGACAAAGGCCCUUCUUUUAUGCCUCCGUCGGUCGACGCAUCAAAGCACUAUGAUCCAGGUAUCAAACAGGAUCUUAACAACAAGUGGUCGACUGGGAUCGCCGACGAAGAGUCUGAGCAAAUGCACGGCUUGGCAGACCUCAAUGCUCGGCCUUGGGCAUCAUCACGACCGCAAGCACCCACUCAAUUCAAGAUUCCGAAAAUCACACCACCGGCUAUACCACCACCGGCUAUACCACCACCGGCUAUACCACCACCGGCUGCCCCUCGACAAGCUGAGCCGUCCCCUUCGACACCUCCAAGCUCAAGCCCUGCCGAUUCGACUAGACCGCUUCAGGUUCAGGUCGUAUACGCAGGGAAGUGCGAGGUUACUUUGCACGAGGGGCGCACAAUUGUCCCAGACGCAAAAUUCCAGGUCGAAGUGAGUAUCGACAAGGUGGCGGCGUCCUUCAUGUUGACAGCCCCUGGGAAGGCGCCUGUGGUGCUGAAUGUCUUGGCCUUUGCAGUGCCUAUCGUGUAUGGCACAUCAUGCAUCAUCAAACCCAAGUCUGGACCCGGGACGGAGGCCAUUGUCUACAAAAUCAGGCCGUACGAACCGUCGACAGCGGAUAAACUUGCCCGGGUGCUGGAGAAUAUUCAACUUGUCUUGUGCAAGAGAAUGGGGCACACCUUGACUCCCACACCACCAUCUACGCCAUCAACUCCACAAGUUGUCAAGAUUGCGGCGGCAAAGUCCCUUGCCGGGACAUACACUGCGAUUGCGCCACCCCGGUCUCUCAUUUGUGCCGACUCGCCAGAGUCCUCGCCCGACCAAUCACCGCGAUCUUUACGGAACCAGCUCGUUGAGCUGCCUCCCAAUAAGCAAGGCGACAAAGUGGCAGUCAAGCUGGACGAUGUUAUUAGCGACAUCGGCGUGGACGAUGUUAUUAGCGACAUCGGCGGCCUCGUACGGGCCGCAUAUCACCAGAUCACGGGAUGCUCAGUGCCUAUAUCCCCUUCCGAGCAGCGCAGUGAUGUCGCGCUUGCCGAGUGGCUUGAAAGAGGUCGCCUGGACUCGGACGCGGACGAGACGAAGCGCGGCCUGAUGGAGAUUUUGCGGUUUCUCAAGGAACUACAGCUUCGGACGGCUGCGGCGCGCGAGCCUCCGAUGAUGUCCAGCCAAACGAUGGAGGUCCUCAAGACGAUUGACCGCACUAAUAGAAACCAGGGCGUCAUCGUUAGUUACAGCGCGCCUGAGAUCAUGGAGCUCAAGAAGGCUGCGGUUGUGCCAAGGGAGAUGAAGAUCAAGAAAGGGCUGGCUAGCUCAUUGUGGGCGAAGAAGUGA